UCAGCAGUGCCCGGGCGCGUCUGUGUGCAGCGCGAGCGCUGCAGCUAAACAACGCUCUCUAGAGAGAGAGAGAGAGAGAGAGAGAGAGAACGAAAGACAGAGAAGGAGAAUCGCUCGCAUGCUCUCUCGCGGCGGCCGAGAGAGAGCUGUCCGUCGUCCGUGUGUUCUCGCGCGUGUGCGCGCGCUCUCGCGCUAGCUUCUCUCACUGUUGUGUCUAUAACGUACGUGUCUCUCCGUUUCAUCGAGGCUGGAUCUCGUAAAUACUCAGUUUCUCCGCGAGCGCGAGUUGUAAAACACGAGACAGUGCGACUCCAGCGCGUUCAUCUACUGCAGCAGCUGUGGAGCAGCGAGAGGAGAUCGCUGCAGAGAAGUGAGUUCAACCAGUGCAGCUUGCGACCCCACAGCAAAUUUCCCAGUACCCGCCGAGUAUCCGAGUUCACGCGCGCGUGUGCAGAUCGGGAAGUUGGCGACGAGGCCGUUGGGCCUCCACCUCGAGCGUUCUCAUAACCUCAACGUUGCAUGGACGCUGGCAUAAUUCGUCGUCGCGCGUCGCAUCGGGAAUACGGAUUUCCUCGCAUCGGACCGCCAGGUAUACGUGCUCGCGAGCUAUAACCACAGCCUGCGGCGAGCUUGUGUGUAUAUAUAUAUAUAUAUAUAUAUAUAUAUAUAAAAAAGGGGCAACGCCGUGUAUAGCCUGCUGCGAGCACACGAAUAGGUCGGGGCCUCGGAAGACUGACGAGUGCGAGAGAGACGGAAAAAGGUGUGCCGGAGUUACCGACCGAGGCUGUGCAUGUGUGCGUGUGCAGCUCUCGCGCGCGCGUUCCUCCAUCUCUCUCUCGCUCGUUCGCUUGCGUCGGCCGUCCGCGCCACAGCCGCGUCUCUCUGUCUCUCUUGCGCAGUGCACCAGGUCGGCCCCUGCUGCUGCCUGCGUACGUUGUACACAUAAUAUACCGUAUUAUAGCGGCCUGGACUCGUCGUGUUCCCCGACUCUGGCCCGCCGCCGCCGCGCAGGAAGAACCGCUAUAGGAGAAGAACAAGCUGCAGGUGCCAGUCGCAGAUCAAAGCCAGAGCCAAGUAAUCAGCCCGGCGAAUCGCGCGAGGGCGCCGCCGUCGGGUGUCAGAGUCCCUCGUCUCGUUAUAACAGCCGAGGCGACAACGACAUCGGCGACUAUACACAAGCCGGCAAAGCAGCAGUAGCGGCGGCAGCACUGCUGGAUGAAAUGACAGUGAGACAAAGAGAGUCGAGGCGAUGAGCCGCCAACGCUCGUGGCUGCAGAAGAAGAGCCGGUGUCCGCGCGCAAGCAGGAUGAGGCCGCCGCUCGACGACAAUACCGAUACGCUCUCGCGACUUGCAGCCUGAGCUGGGACAAGCAGCAGCAGCAGCAGCAGCACGAGGCAGCAGAGGCACGUGAGAGGGAGUAGGAAAACAAGCGCAGACGGCGACAGAUGCUAAUCGACGGAGCUCUCGAGUGCGGGUGCAGUGCGCGACAUGUUUGUGUGUAAAUAAGGAAAGAGAGCGGCUCCAGCAAAGUGCAGUGACGACGACGACUACGACGGCGAGGACGGGGCUCGCGAAAAAUGAAAAGAAAGUGGGUUCAGUGAAACCGAGGCAAGAGAAAUACACGUCGCACGCACUCGAGCAAGGGGGAAGAGCGAGAGGAGCUAGAGAUAUGCCUUAUCGAGCCCGCGACGUCUGACAGAGAGAGAGAGAGAGAGAGAGAGAGAGAGAGAGAGAGAGAGAGAGAUAGAGAGAGAGAGAGAGAGAGGGAGAGAGAGAAAGAGAGAGAAAAAGAGCGAGAUAGGCACAGCACUCGUGAAGCGCGCACAUACAUGACAUAUACAUCACAUAUGUGCGCGGCUGGAGAUACGCGUGGUGUGACUAUUGCAGCAGCAGCAGCAGCGCUAAUACACAAGCGGCCGCGUGAUCGGGUUCACGCGGCGUCCUCGUCGGCCAGGAGGAGAAGGAGAACGACGUCGAGGAGUCGGUGAACGAGUCGAUACCUCUCGGCCGCACGGGCAUUACUAUUCUUCGCACCGGCGGCCGCCUCGAGCACCCUCACGACGCAGCUGACGUCAUUACGCCCCAGCAGAGCUACGGUUCGAGCUCGCGUCAAGCGGUGUCUCCGCGGACGGUCGAGGGUAGCGGUGUCGGGGGCGGCGCUGCUGCGGCGGCUGGUGGCAGCAGCGGUGGCGCCGGCACAGGCUCCCCGCAACAGCAGCAGCAGCAGCAGCAGCAGCAGCAGCAACAGCAGCCGCAGCUUCGCUAUCACCAGCAGCAGCAGCAGCAGCAGCACCACCACCACCACCAACAGCAGGCCUCGAGCACGACGGGCCCCCCGAGCUUGGCGGGGCCUCCAGCCCACAGCCUGCCGCCGCCGCACCACCCGCACUUCUACCACUACCUCCAUCAGCAGCAGCAGCAACAGCUGCACCAGUACCAGGUCGCCAAGGCACAAGCAGCAGCAGCGGCCGCCGCAGCAGCUGCAGGCCCCUCAUCAUCGCCGGGAUCGUUGGCGAUGAACAGUGGCCCGGCUGGCGGCCCUGGCCAGCCACCAGCGGGACUACAAGCGACCUCGUCCACCUCCUCUCGUGACCAGCACGUGCAGCAGCAGCAGCAGCAGCAGCAGGGAAGUGACCCGAGCGGCCUGAACAUUACGAUAAUGAACAUCACGGUGCCACCAGUGGUUCCGGUACCGGCGGGUCUGCGCUUCGUCCACCCGUCGUACCUACCGCCUCCGCCGCCACACUCGCACCAGCCACCUUCGCAGCAACAACAGCAGCAGCAGCAGCAGUCGGCGGCUGCCCAGGUGGCGCAGAUCGGCUCGAACAACAACUCGGCCUCGCCUGUGUCCGUCUCCUCGGGACCCUCGUCCAUCGUUGUGCAGCAGCAGGUCAGCGGUAGGCAGCAGCAGCCCUCGCCAGCCUCGAGCGCCGCCGCAGCCUACACGAGGGACGUCUAUCGCAACGCCAGUCCCAAUGUGAACGAGCGCGUAGCGAUAAGCGUGAGCAGUAGUCCAGUCUCUUCGCAAGUGGUUGGAGUUGGCGCGGGUGGCGAAUAUGUAGUAAGCGGCCGGGGGGAUCGGCAGAGGAUAUCGCUAUUACCGGCACCAGCCUCGAUAGCGCCCGCGGCUUCGCCCACCGCGCCCACGGAUUAUCACGCGGCCGCGGCUGCUGUGGCGCGCAACAGCAGGGGCAGCGCCGGUGCGCCGCCACCACCGUCGCCUGCCGGCCUCCUGGCCGCCAUGCAGCCGCAGGACUAUCGGCCCAGUCCCGUUGACAUGGCGCAGCAACAGCAGCAGUCGCAGCAGCAGCAGCAGCAGGAUGCGCCGCCCUUUAAAAAAAUUCGCCUCGGUCAACCCACCCAGCUGGUGCCGUCAACCCAGCAACACAGCAUUAGCGGCGUUAAUGUGAUGUCGCAUUCAGAGGUGUUUAGAAACCCGGUGCAGGACACGCUUAUCAUUAAACAGAGGGUCCAAACCUCACAGAUCCAGCCUCUGAGGAUAGAUACAAGGCCGACGGCUGGUGUGUACACGCCACAAACAGAGGCGAUUUCGCCGACUCUUCCUGAGCCUAAUACACAAGAGGACACGGUAUUUAAAAUCACCAAAGACGAUCUUUUGCAACAGAUCGCCAAGGUUGAUCGAGAAAUUGCAAAAAGGGAAUCACAGAUUAGCAAACUUCGGAAAAAGGUGAAAGAGAUAGAAGAAGUAGCUAGUAAACCCUUGGAGGCGCCUGGCACAAAACGGCCUGUGGAAGAAGCGUCUUCGCAACCCAAGCAUCAGUCCCUUGUACAAAAAAUAUACGCUGAGAAUAGGAAAAAAGCGGAAGAGGCGCACAGGUUGUUAGACAAGCUAGGUCCGAAAGUGAAACUGCCACUCUAUAAUCAGCCCUCGGAUACCAGCGUGUACCAGGAGAAUCGCGUUAGGCACCAGUGCCUGAAAACGCGGCUCGUUGAGAGACUUCGGCAGGAACACGCGGAUCGUGCCUCGUUGCAUCGCCAGCAGUCACAGACCUAUGCGAUACUCGUGCAGGAGUGGCACCGAAAGGUAGAGAAGCUCGAGGCGACGCAAAAGCGUAAGACGAAGGAGGCCAAGAACCGUGAGUUCUUUGAGAAGGUCUUUCCGGAACUGCGCAAGCAACGCGAGGACAAGGAACGAUUCAACAGGGUCGGAGCACGAAUCAAGAGCGAGGCCGAUCUUGAAGAAAUCAUGGAUGGUCUGCAAGAGCAGGAGGAAGAGUUGUCGACCGAGUUAAAAAAUGCGUUAAAAGAACUUCAGAUGGAGGACAAGAAGAUGCGUUCGUACGCGGUGAUACCGCCGCUGUUGCUGGACGCGAAACAGCGGAGGAUCGCGUUUCAGAAUCGCAACGGUCUACUGCAGCCUGAGGAGCUCGAGGCGAUGCACAGCGAGAGGAAGCUGAUCAACGUUUGGAGCCAGACCGAGCACGAUAUGUUCAAGGAGAAGUACCUCCAGCACCCCAAGAACUUUGGAGCGAUAGCCCAGUCAUUCGAGCACAAGUCCGUCGCGGAUUGCGUGCAUCACUACUACCUCACUAAGAAAGCGGAGAAUUAUAAGCAGCUAUUGAGAAAAUCGAGGCGUACGCGUAGUUCUCGAAACAAUCCUAACAAUAAGGUAAAUAAUAGUAACUCCACUAUCGGACCUAUAGAUAUAUUGACGACGGGAGUAACGACGAGGCUGCAGCGUGAGCAGCAACAGAAAACCCAGGAAAAUCCCCAGAGCAGCGCGGCGGCGUCGAGUAGUAGUAGUAGCGCGAAUGCGACGACGUCGAGCUCCUCUUCAACAACAAACACCACCUCCACCUCGUCCGCGUCGACGGCGGUCACGAGUGCGAGCUCCGUCACCACGAGCUCGUCGUCCGCGUCUUCGAGUAACGCUGCCGUGGCUGCUGCGGCGAGUUCGUCCACCGGUAGUAGUAGAGACGCUGCUUCGGCGAGUUCGACCGCGGAGCCCUCGUCGACAGCAACGACGACCACAAUUACGUCGACAUCCACGACUGCAGCGUCAGCAUCCGUCCAGAGUACCAGCGCGACGACGACGACGUCGAGCGUACUCACGACGACGCCCACGUCGUCGACCAGCGCCAAGGACGCUCGCGAAGCCAAUAAGGAGAACAAAGAGAUUAAGACCGAGCCCAAAGACUCGAUACUCAAGGAUAUCAAGGAGGAGUCACAGUCCAGCUCCGAGACACACUCCAGCAGGGAAAUAAAGGUUGAAAGCAAGGGCGCCCUCUCCUCGUCAUCCAACACAAGUACGGCCAAUACCAACAACGCGAGUAGUAACCUUCAGAUAGAGAUUCAGCAGCAACAGCAGCAGCAGCAACAACAACAACAGCAACAGCAAAAAGACAAGAAAAAGAAUGCGGGAGUCACUUGCGGAUCUACCGCCAUCAGCAGGUCGAAGGAUAAGAAAAAGGAAAAUCACGCGACGCCUAUGGAGACCAGUGAUGAGGAAGCCCAGGCCAUGGACGCGAUGGAACUCGGCGGCAGGCAGCUGGGGCCCCACCCCUGCGCGAUCUGCCAGACGAUGGUGGAGGCGGGCAACCAGAGCCGGCCGCUGUCGCGCAGCCAGGCCUCGCAGUACGGGCUGCGCGAGGAGCAGGUGCCCCAGGGCGCCAGGGUCUGCAACACCUGCCGCUGCAAGUCCGUCCGGGGACGGUACACCACCUGCCCGCUGCCCGGAUGCCCCAACCUCAACAGCGCCAGCAGCAAGACCAGGGUCAAGCGGCUGCGGGCGCUGCCGCCCAAGUGGAACGAUCUGCCGGCCGAGAUCCGGGACCCGAUCGUCCAGGAGUUCCAGAUCCCGAGCAACACGACCAAGUGCUGCUCGGCCUGCUUCAACAGGAUAUCGCGCCGCCUGGCGCCCCACUUCUCCGGCUCGAGCGGCCCCGACGGCGCGGACGAGGCCGACGCGAUCGGCCGGCAGUGGAGCGACGAGGAGCUCGAGCAGCUGCGCAAGGCCCUGCGGGAGCACGGCACCAACUGGCCCAAGGUCUCCGAGCAGAUAGCCGGCAAGUCGAACCACCAGUGCAAGAACUACUACCUGACCUACCGCAAGAAGCUCGGGCUGGACCAGGUCGUCGCCGAGUACUACCAGUCGCUCGGCGAGGAGCGCAGGCCCUGCCUCACCGACGAGGAGGAGAGCGGCAGCAGCACCAGCAGCUGCGACGAGUUGGCUGUGCAUGAUACGAGCGAUACUGCGAGCGCGGGCAGUCCCGCGAACACGAUAUCGAGCAGCACGCCCACCGCCUCGGCGGCGUCCUCGUCGUCGGCGACGGCGGGCGGCGGCCUGCCGAUGCCCUUCCCCCAGUCGCAGGACGCGAAGGUCGCCGAGAAGCUCGCUGACGUGGCGGUGGUGUCGUUGGUCGCGCCCUCGCCCAUGACCAGCUCCCAGCAGCCGGCCCAGCAGAAUCCGCCCACGAGCACGAGGGAGGACUACGACAGCUCUGCCACGGAGACGGCGGACGAAGGUCAGGGUGGUGCCGACUUGGACACUAGCGGCGUCGUGGUCACGCUCGCGGCGCCCGCGGCCGUUGUCGCCAGCCAGCAGCAGCAGCAGCAGCAGCAGCCGCCGCCCGGACUCGUCCAGACGCAGCCCCAGCCGCCGGCGCUCGUGCAGUCGCCGCCAUCCACCACGAGCAACAACAACCCGCUCACCGUCAAGGACCUCAUGCUGGGCGUGAUCGAGAUGCAGCUGAAGCGCAACCAGAACAGCCCGGGUGGCUCGAGGUCGUCGGUACCCGUCAGCUCGGGAACGCCCACGAUAUCGAGUAUCCUGAAGACGGACCACCGCAACGACAUCACCUUCGUGCGCGAGUACAAGGCGCCGACACAAGCUCCCAGCAUGUCCAACACUGCCAUACCCAAUCGGGAUCCGAACCUGGCGACGCUCUCGGUUGUGUCCGGCCCGCAUCACGGACAUAGGUCGGCCUCCAGUCCACAGCAGAUGAGCCAGAUGCAGGCGACCAUCACCCCCUGCCCGCCGUCGGCAGCCAACCAACAGCCGCAGCCCACUGGACAGGAUAUGCUGCCCAAGGAGGGCCUGGUCGUCAUGCAGGUACAGCAAGCGAUGCGAGACACGGAAGGCACGCUUGAUCUGAGCAUCAAAAAGCCACGCCAGCAGCAGGAGUAUAAUCACACGCUGCAGCCACCGCCACCGCAUAAGCCAGCCGCGGUGAGUCACUACAGAGCGGAACCCCCUCCGCCGCCGCACUCGACCUACUACCACUCUCACGCUCAUCCGGAAUCUCAGAGCCGCGGUGCCAAAAGUCCGCACGUGUACGCCUCGUCGCCGAGGCCGCAGGCGCCUCUUACUCCCAAGAUGACCAAAGUCUCCGUGCCGCCGACAUCGCACCCUAAGCUCUCGCCUAAACUCAGCAACAUGAGCACGCCGCACAAGACCGGCUCGAUCACUCACGGAACUCCAGUAUCCACCACAAGGUACGACGGACUGCUCAGGCAGAUGACGCCACCUGGAAACGCCAAUCAGCCCAAUCCCAGUACUACUCCAGUAGGUUCCAAAGAAACGGGCUCCAUCACGCAAGGAACGCCUGUACACCCAUACGCCGUGGACAAGCGUGCUCCAAUGUACGACUACCGUUCCAUCAGACACUCUCCUGUCACUACGAGCAACGUGCCUGUACAGGCGUCUCAGAACUCCGGAGUCGUCGUCAGUCACAGCCAAAGCGGCAGCAAUCAAUACAACUCGUACCCGCCACGUCAAGCUCCGAAUUAUACCAUGGAGCAACUCUCGUCUCGUCAAAUCAUCAUGAAUGACUACAUAACCAGCCAACAGAUGCAUCCGCGCAACCGCAGCGGCGGUUCCGCCGAAGGCGAACGACCCAAAAGCGAAGCUCCCCCGGACUUUUUAUAUUUCCACGCGAAUACUCCUCCUUCCCAGACGCACACCCAGCCGCGUCAGGGGGUUAUCCACAGGCACAAUACGCCGAAACAUUACGCACCUCCACCACCUGGUCUCGAAGCUUUCUCCAGCUUAGUAGAUGUGGCCGUCCAGCAGCCAAGUCUGCCCGUACCCCACCCACCGCCAGCCAGCAGCAGCGGGCAUGAAGGUCUCUGCAUGUCUAUCGAGCGCAUGUAUCCGGGAGGUUACACGAUAGAUAAUCGUUCGCUGCAGAAUAUGCCCAGGUUGGCUAGACAACAGACGAUGCAACAUCAAAUGGCUGCAGCCAUUCAGCAAAGAGAAGAGCAGCAACGAGAACGCGAGCGUGAUAACAUGUUGCGCGAGAAGCAGCAGCAAGAAGAGGAACAGCGGGAACGUAUUCAGCGCGAAAAAGAACAGCAGCAACAACAACAGCAGCUGCACCAUCAAAGGGAGAUGGAGCGCAUUGCCGUGCAUCAGCGUGAAAAGGAGAUUCAACAACAACAGCAAGAGCACAGAUUAGCUCAGCAGCAGCGAGAGCAAGAAAUGCAUCUAGCUGCGGCUGAUCACCGAAUAGCUGUUCAGCGUGAGAAAGAGAUGCAGCAGCAGCAGCAGCAGCAGCAGCAGCAACAGCAACAACAGCAGCAACAGCAGCAGCAACGAGAAAGAGAGCGAGAACGGGAACGGGAGCGGGAGCGAGAACGAGAACGAGAACGAGAACGUGAGCGGGAACAGCAGAGCCACGCGGAUCAUAGACUAAGUAUGCAUCAGCAACAGCAGCAGCGCGAGAAGGAUAUGCAGCAGCAACAUUAUCGGCUUGUGCAACACCAGCAUCAGCGCGAGAAGGAGAUGCAGUUGGCUGCUGCCGCAGCACAACGCGAAAAGGAGCAUCAGGAGCACAGACUGGCAGUGCAACAACAACGCGAAAAAGAAAUUCAGCAGCAAGAGCUAAGGCUCCAGCAACAGCAUGCGGAUCAUAGGCUGGUCAUGCAACGCGAUAAUCUAGCUUACCUGCAACAGCAACAGCGAUUUCAGAAACAGCAAAUGCAACAAAUUCAUCAACAGCAACGUUUAGAGGCCGAGAGACGGCAAAUUGUGCAGAUUUACAAGGAUCAGAAAGAGGCUCAUCUGUAUAGGGAACUGGAGCGACAAUGUGAAUCACCCAGCAUGGCAAAGGGCGGCGGGUUCUUCCAGCCUACGCGAAUACAGCAACAAUCUCAACCGCCUCCACCUUCUUCUAGGCACAGUCAAUCAUCUUCCAAUCAACAAAGUGACUCAUCGUCUACAUUGACUGCUGCCAGUUUGAUUGAUGCUAUCAUUACGCAUCAAAUCAAUCAGAACACUGACAACAACAGUGGCAAUAAUCCUGCCAACAAUCAGCCAACACGUCCUGGUGAUAGACUUUUUCAGGGUUUUCAUAGAGAUAGUCCAGCAGAACCUAACGGCAUGGCUCACAGUCCAGCUGGGGAAGAAAGAGAAUCUAACAGAGAGUCGGGAAGUGGAAGUGGCAGCGCAAGCGGUGGUAAGGCCAUUACUCUUGGCGAGCACGUAGACCACAUUGUGAGCAAGGAUUAUGGGCCGCCGAUAUCUUCCUACAGGCCUUAUCAAGGGUAUCAGAUCUCGGAAGAUCAGUGGAAGCGGAGAAAAGGUGCUGAACCGGAUUCUGUGAAAUCUGGCGAUGAGCGACAAAUAAUCCGCGUCGCCCAGCAGAAGUCAGCUUCUUCACAGUCUCAGCAGUCCCACCAAAGUCAACAGUCGAGCAAGCAACAGCAACAGCAACAAUUUCACACUGAGCCAGUGUCGCCACCAGAGCCCUCGACGAACCACUAUCCGCGUCGUUUCUACGAGCCCAGCACUGCCACGACCACGACUUCAGUGACGCCCUCCAGCAAGUCACACCUUUCACCUCUCGACUAUGUGAAGAACAAAAUUGUCGAAGUGAUGCGCACUGAGGAUGACAAAACAAGCUCCGGUGACAGAAACGGCGGAGGUGCUGGCAAUGACAAAGACGACAAAUCUUGCGCUGACAGCUCGCCGGGUGGAGAGAUGGUAAUCGACGAGUCGCCCAGUCAGCCGCCAGCUCCGACUCCAACGACCUUUUAUCCAUUCAACGCGCUAGGCGUACACACUGGGCCACCACCUGCGCCACCGCCGACGAGUGGAGGAACUGCCGUGACGGUUGUCCAAAGCGAGGAACCUGCGCCUCUACUCUGCGCCCAAUACGAGGCUCUCUCGGACGAGGAUUGAUAUUUUGAGACGAAACAGAAUAACCGUCUAAUGCUUAGAACUAUCAGCCCCUGACUCGCCGCUGCAUUAUCGCUGACUAUUAUUGCGACUCUUCUGAUUGAGGCAACGAACUAACGACUUGUGAAGACACGAAGAAAAUCGGAAAUGGCAAUUUUAAUGUGACUCUGUCUGAAAAAGGGGUAUUUAUGCGUGGUAAUCGUAAAAAUAUACGAUGCGCUUUUUUUUAUUAUUUUGGUUCUUUUAUAAGUCUGCUAUUUAGGGAAACAAACAUUACUUUUAUUCCCUUGUCGCAUAUACUCUACUUCUUUUGAAAGUCCAACUUUUUUUAUAUUUUUUAUGGUAUUCAAAUCACAGUUCAUUUUGAAUUUUACAGUUUUUAAGAUGUAAAUAUAGGAGUAACUUCUAAAGCUUUUCUCGCACGCAUUGUAUUUUUACUUUUACUCAGAAUAUCUUUUUUUCAACGUGAAAUGUGUACAAUUCGUCGGUAUCGCCAAUAAGAAUUCUUUAUUCGAUACGACAGACUUUUUUUUAAUUGUAUCAAUAAUCGUUUAUACGUCGACGAGCGCAGAGUGCCAAUGAACAAUAUCAUUUUGUAAUCGUAUUUUAACCAAAUGUUGUAUAUGUACAAUUUAUACAUUUUUAUUUUUAUUUUAUUUCUUUAAGGAAUUAUAUCAAGCUGUAAAAUAUCGAGAUCAAACUGAAAAAUGUAGAUUAACAUUGAACACUGCUGUUCAAGAACUUUUUUUUUUAUUUUUAAUUUGGUGAUUUUAGUAUCAGUAAAUGAAACACUAUAUUCUGCGCGAUUUGUCAAAUAUGUAAAUAACGAUUUACGAUCGUCGAGAAAACAUUUUCUAAUCUCGAAAAGCUGUAUAAAAAUUCUUUUAUUUUAGGAGAGCGAAAUCUUUAUUAGCAAAAGACGGGCCAUUUACCGCAUUGAUUAAAAGUUACGAACCGCGUCAUAUUUUAGCCACUACAGUGUACAAUUUUUGGAAAACUAUUAUCGAACAAGUCAGCGUUCAUUCCAUCAUCGGUACAAGUCUGUUGCGAAUACGAAGUGUAGAUGCGGUUAUAAGAAAAGAACAGAGUGUUUCACGUUUGUAUGUAUGCACUGAAUUGCAAACAUUAGAAGCAGCGAAGUUUUAACUGAAAAUGUGACAGUGCUAGACUUUGGCGGAAAAAGCAAACGUAGCCCGGGAUUACAAUGCAGACGCUUUUGUAAAUAUGAUUGCGUAGUAUAAUCGUUAAAUGAUAAAUACAGCGUUAAUGGUGUGUGUGUGUGUUUUUAAUUCGAAUGAGUCUGUGUUAUGUCUGCUACACGUGAACAUUCAUCGAGAAAUGCAAGUGCGAAAAGUGUAGUCGUUAGAUAGAUUAUGGAAAUUAACGAAUGCAAGAGUGAUCAUAAAGAGAGUCAACUGCACGAGUCACGUCGAGAAAAAGAGUGAAGAUAAUUAAUGCGCUGUUUUAUAGUGAUGCGGUUCGCGCCGUCGCCACCCUCUUUCAUUUAUAUUUUCCGUUUUUUUCCAAUAAUGUGGUUUCACGAAAGAUUAAAUAUAUACAUUAAUAAGCUUAAGCGUUGUACAAAGUACAUAAUAAUAAUUUUUAAGAGUGAAGUAUAAGUAAUUAUAACGAUUAUUAGUUUAUUAUGUAUAGAAGUAAGGAAGGAAAUUCUAGGCCCAGAUUAAGUAAUGUAGCUAGCGUAUAGAAUUUAGGAAACCACGAACUGACUAGGGAUGACUUCCCAAGACUACGUUCUCUUAUAAUUGAAAUAAACAGCCGAUUAAAAAGUGAUUGAAUCGUCGAUGAACGAA